GGCAUGUUGCGAAAGAGAUAAACAAACCGAACUGAACAACAUUUGUGAUAAGAUAAAAAUAGCAUUGUCAAAGGUGAAGUCACUGUAAAGACUUCAUUUAACUUGAGUUUGAAUUUGACAGUUCAUCUUUUACUUCUCGUCCUGUAGGAGCAACAGCAUUCUAUCCCUCAUCCUCCUCUGCUACAAAACGUUUGGAAUUAUUCGCCGAAGAAGAUGUCUCUCAGUGUCAAGCGUGUGGAAACUAAACCUUAUGAAGGACAGAAGCCUGGUACAAGUGGUUUGAGGAAGGCUGUCAAAGUAUUCCAACAGCCAAACUACACGGAAAAUUUUAUUCAAGCAAUUUUAAAUUCCAUUCAUCCUUUACCUGGAUCAGUUUUGGUUGUUGGUGGUGAUGGAAGAUACUUUGGAAAAGAAGCUGUAGAUAUUAUCAUCAAAAUUGCCGCAGCAAAUGGGGUUGCCAAAUUAAUUGUCGGCCAGAAUGGAAUUCUGUCAACUCCUGCUGUUUCAACUUUAAUCAGGAAGUAUCAGGUCACGGGUGGUAUCGUUCUUACAGCCAGCCACAAUCCAGGUGGCCCAGAUAAUGAUUUUGGAAUCAAAUUCAACUCAUCAAAUGGAGGUCCUGCCUCCGAUAGUGUCACAGAAAAAAUUUAUGAGAUAACAAAAACAAUAUCCUUUUACAAUAUUGUCCCAGAUCUAAAUGUUGAUGUCUCGAAGCUUGGUGAAACAAAUGUUCAGAUUGGAGGAAAACCAUUCACUGUUCAAGUAAUUGACUCAGUUGCAGAUUACUUAGCGUUAAUGAAGGAAAUUUUCGAUUUUGCAAAAAUCAAAAGUCUGAUUCAGGGCUCCUCUUCGCGGCCACCAUUCAAAUUAUUAAUCAACUCGAUGCAUGGAGUAACUGGUCCCUAUGUCGAACACAUUUUCAUCAAGGAACUUGGAGCCGCUAAAGACAACACCGUCAACACAGUACCUUUGCCUGAUUUUGGCGGUCAUCACCCUGAUCCCAAUCUCACUUAUGCCGCAGAUCUUGUCACAGCUAUGAAAAACGGUGAUUAUGAUUUUGGAGCUGCUUUUGAUGGAGAUGGGGAUCGAAACAUGGUCCUCGGAAAAAAGGCCUUCUUUGUAACUCCCAGUGAUUCCCUUGCUGUACUGGCAAAUAAUCUGAACUGCAUUCCAUACUUCAAGAAAACUGGUGUUAAAGGUUUUGCUCGCAGCAUGCCCACAGCAGCAGCUGUUGACAGAGUGGCUGCAGCUCAAAAGAAAGAAAUAUUUGAAACACCCACAGGCUGGAAGUAUUUUGGUAAUUUGAUGGAUGCUGGUCGACUGUCCAUCUGUGGAGAGGAAAGCUUUGGGACUGGCUCAGAUCACAUUCGAGAAAAAGAUGGCAUUUGGGCGGUUCUCGCUUGGUUGUCUGUGAUAGCCGAAUUAGGUGAAUCUGUCGAACAAAUUUUACUGAAACAUUGGAAGACCUUUGGCCGUAACUACUUCACGCGGUAUGAUUAUGAAAAUUGUGAAUCUGCUCCUUGCAACGAAAUGAUGAAAAAAUUAGAAGAAAAAGUCACAUCACCGAGCUUUGUGGGCCAAUCUCUAUCUAGUCAAGGAAAAACUUUUGUCGUGAAAAAAGGUGAUAAUUUUGAAUACGUCGAUCCAGUGGAUAAAAGUGUGGCCAAAAAUCAGGGUAUCAGAGUAUUAUUUGAAGAUGGUUCUAGAUUGAUUUAUCGUUUAUCUGGAACUGGAAGCAGUGGCGCCACCGUCCGUCUGUAUGCUGAAAGUUAUGAGCCAGCAAGUGGAAGUAUAACUGUUGAAGCAUCUGUUGCUCUCCAACCAUUAGUACAAGUUGCAUUGGAUCUAUCUGAAUUACAGAAAUUCACAAAACGCGACAAACCAACUGUGAUAACAUAAAUUUUCCUCACAAAUACACACAACAUUGUCAAGUUACCGAGUGCCUCCUCUAAAAAAAUGAGUCUGAUAAAGUGAAGUAUCUAAAACGACUAUAAGAAUCAAAUUGAACGUUAAACACGUCAAAAGCGUUAAGUUAUUUUAUUUUGUUUUUCUUACUAAUUUAUUUUUGUUACUUUUUAAAAUAUAGAAUAAUUUAUUAAGUUUUGGUGCUAAGUUUGAGUUUUUUCAAGUUAGCACAAUUCAAAAUUUUGUGUAAUUUUUUAAACCAAAAA